UGACAGGCGGGCGCGACGUUUGUAAAUAGUUAGCACCACCACUGGAGAAGUCGAUGCUGCUGCUUACAAAGUUUCUAAUUAUUAAUUUUUUUGGGUUACCGUUACCGUUAAUGUCCUCCCAAUUUUUUAUCCUGGGUGAAGCUAGGCAACCUGCGACCACUUUUUAGCCCUUGGGAAAAGUUUCUGGGAGCGAAGACCAUGGCUUUAGCUGGCCGCCUCAGUUAACAUGCUAACAGCAGCAGCGGGUCAGCCUGGAGGACCAGCUGCCUCAUUUGAGAGUUGCCAGGCAUGCUAAUAGUGCACCUCUUUGGAAGAUCCUUGCUUCGACCAGGACUGCAGCGGCUUGGGGUCCUGCGUAGGUGCCUCUGUGCGGCGCAGAGUGGCUCGUGUCCGGACACACCGCAGCAGGCAGACAUGAUCCGGAGCCGGGCUCAGAUCAAGCGGGUCCUCUGCGUAGCCGAGAAGAACGAUGCAGCCAAAGGCAUCUCAGAAAUCAUGUCCAACGGCAGGGCCAGGAGGAGGGAAGGGAUGUCGAAGUUUAAUAAAAUCUAUGAGUAUGAAUAUCAUCUCUUUGGUCAGAAUGUGACAGUAACAAUGACAUCAGUAUCAGGCCAUUUACUGGGUCUGGAGUUUAAAGCACCGUUCCAGAAAUGGCACAGUUGCAAUCCUGUGCUGUUAUUUGAUGCUGAGGUAGAGAAGUAUUGUCCAGAUAACAUGAUAAAAAUCAAGCGGACACUAGAGAAAGAGGUGAGGCAGUGCCAGGCCUUAGUCAUCUGGACUGAUUGUGACAGAGAGGGAGAAAACAUUGGCUUUGAAGUCAUAGAUGUCUGCAAAGCAGUUAAGCCCAAUUUACAAAUCUUUCGGGCGAAGUUUUCUGAGAUAACCCCCAACUCCAUUCGGAGAGCUUGUGAGACUCUAACAGAGCCAGAUGCUAACAUCAGCGAUGCUGUCGAUGUCCGUCAGGAGCUGGACCUGCGGAUAGGUGCAUCCUUCACUCGAUUCCAGACACUGCGUCUGCAGAAGAUCUUUCCAGAGUCUCUGGCCAAUCAGCUGAUCUCAUACGGCAGCUGUCAGUUUCCCACUCUGGGCUUUGUGGUGGAGCGCUUCAAAGCCAUCCAGGCUUUCAUACCUGAGACUUUCUACAAGAUCAAAGUGCUCCAUGAGGUGGAGGAGGACACUGUAGAGUUCAGCUGGAAAAGAAACCGUCUCUUCAACCACGCAGCUUGCCUAGUGCUCUACCAGAUCUGCAUGGAGGAUCCCAUAGCAACAGUCACCUCAGUAACCAGCAAACCCAAGAGCAAGUGGAGACCGCUGCCUUUGGACACUGUGGAACUGGAGAAAGUGUCAUCUCGGAAACUAAGAAUAAGUGCCAAAGAGACCAUGAAAAUUGCAGAAAAACUCUAUACCCAAGGGUUUAUUAGCUACCCCCGCACAGAGACAAACAUUUUCCCCGCAAACCUGGCUCUUGGCCCCCUGGUGGAGCAGCAGACACAGAAUCCAGUGUGGGGGAUGUUCGCCCAGCGGGUGCUUGACCAACCUGGAGGUCCCAACCCGCGGCAGGGCAAGAACUCUGACCAAGCCCAUCCCCCAAUACACCCCACCAAGUACACCAAUACACUGCAGGGAAAUGAAGGACGUGUGUAUGAGUUCAUUGUCCGGCACUUCCUGGCCUGUGUAUCCCAGGAUGCUUGGGGGCAGGAGACAGUGGUGGACAUAGACAUAGCCCAGGAGAAGUUCUCCACCUCAGGACUCAUGAUCAUUGCAAGGAACUACCUGGAUGUUUACCCAUAUGACAGGUGGAGCGCCAAGGUGAUUCCAGUGUACGAGCACGGCUCCCAGUUCCAGCCCUCUGCUAUCGAAAUGGUGGACGGACAGACGAGUCCUCCACAGCUUCUCACUGAAGCCGACCUCAUAUCACUGAUGGAGAAGCACGGCAUUGGCACAGAUGCAACCCAUGCAGAGCACAUUGAGACUAUAAAGAGUCGCAUGUAUGUGGGCUUGACAGCUGACCAGAGGUUUCUCCCUGGAGAGCUUGGCAUGGGGCUGGUGGAGGGUUACAACUCCAUGGGCUAUGAGAUGUCCAAACCAAACCUGCGUGCUGAAUUAGAGGCAGAUCUCAAGUUGGUAUCAGAGGGCAGGAAGGACAAACGGAGCGUACUGCUGCACCACAUCCAGAAAUACAAGACCGUCUUCAUUGAGUCUGUCAGGAAGGCAAAGAAGUUAGACGAAGCCCUGUCGCCAUAUCUGGGUGCAGCUCAGGAGAUCACUGAAGCAGAGCAGCAGGACAUGGAGAUCCCGCUGCCAGUCAGGAAGUGCCCUCACUGUGGUCGGGACAUGGUGCUUAAGAAGAAGAGGGAGGGAAACAGUAAGUUCCUGUCCUGCGUGGGUUUCCCAGCCUGUAAGACCGCAGUGUGGUUCCCCAACAUAGUGCUGGAGGUCAGCAGAGAUGAAAGCAUUUGUCCCAGCUGUCAGCCACACCCCAUUCACAUGUUGAAGUUCAAGUUCCGCAGGGGCAGCCUCCCUCCCAUGAUGCCAUUGGAAUUUGUUGGCUGCAUUGGUGGAUGUGACGAAACGCUCAGGGAGGUGCUGGACUUGAAAUAUCUCAGAGCAGAAGGAGGAGGUGGAGGAGGUGGAGGAGGUGGAGGAGGGGGAGGGGGAGGGGGAGGGGGAGGAGAGAGAGGAGGAAGAGGAGAUGACCCUUGGCCACCAGCUCCAAGGCUCCCCAGACCAGAGCCACCCAGAGCCCCAUGUUCCAAUCCUCGACCUUCCCUUCCUCCUGUCCCGUCCUGGACCCCUCAGCCUCGACCUCCACCAGGUGGCAGCAGUAGCAGUGUAGACCCCAACAGUGAUGCCAUUGUGUGUAACUGUGGUCAGGAUGCAGUUCUCCUCACUGCGUGCAAAGAUGGUCCCAACCAAGGGCGUCAGUUCUACCAUUGCAAUGCUCGGCGCUGCAGCUUCUUUCUGUGGGCAGAUCAGCCAAAUCAGCAGGUGUCACAUCAGAGUCAAGGGCCACCGCGUCCACUACCUGCGCCAAGGACCUCCCAGCCUCCAAGGCCCUCAUGGGGGUUCAGGAACACAUCUGGAGGAGGAAGAGGGCAUGAAGGGGGUGCUGGAGGACAUGUGGGACAGACAAUGUGUAACUGUAAUGAGACAGCGGUGACACGCACGGUGCAGAAGGACGGUCCAAACAAGGGCCGGAUGUUCUUCACUUGUGGGAAACCAAGAGAGCAGCAGUGUGGCUUCUUCCAAUGGUCUGAUGAGAACGUGCCUCCACCAGAUCAGCCAAAUCAGCAGGGGGCACAUCAGAGUCACAGGCCACCGCAUCCACUACCUGCACCAAGAACCUCCCAGCCUCCAAGGCCCUCAUGGGGGUUCAGGAACACAUCUGGAGGAGGAAAAGGGCAUGAAGGGGGUGCUGGAGGACAUGCGGGACAGACAAUGUGUAACUGUAAUGAGGCAGCGGUGACACGCACGGUGCAGAAGGACGGUCCAAACAAGGGCCGGAUGUUCUUCACUUGUGGGAAACCAAGAGAGCAGCAGUGUGGCUUCUUUCAGUGGUCUGAUGAGAACAUGCCUCCACCAGGUGGUUUGGGUCGUGGAUUUGAUGGUGGUGGAGACCAAGGGAAGAAGGGGAGGAAGAUAAUGGGAGAUGCCACCCCCAACAAACCUCCUGCUGCUAAGAAACCUCGUACCUGCGGCAUCUGUCACAUGCCAGGGCAUACCCGAGUCACCUGUCCCCAGCGGUGACUGCUGUCCCUGUUUAAACAUACUAUUUGUGAAGCUGCUCUGGAGGUGUGUGGAGUUUUUGAAGUCUACGACUUUACAGUGUGGAGUCAGAUUUUAUUUUUCAAAUAUGCAGCAACUCAGAUUGUAAGUGCCUCUUCACAUGGGGUGGACCUCUUCUUCUGGGAUAUAAGCACUUUACCCACACCUUGUAUCCACCCUGGGAAGUUGUAUUCAAUAACUGUUCCAACUGGACAGGAAAAGCUUUGAGAACAACACCAAAGUCAUUUAAUAACUAUGGCUCCAAACAAAAUCAAAAAUUGUGUUUCCCAGUCUGAGUUGUGCCGCACAUUGGCAACUCCUAUAAAAAAGAGGAAUGUCAAAGACAUUUCAUGUCCCAAGUCAGUAGAAACUAGAACUUUUCUUUUUGUUUUCAUCUCUCUGAUUUCUCAGGUUUCAUCGGAUCUGCAGUGUGCUUGUUCAAGAUUGAUGGCUCUUUUCUGGCCCCUGGUAGAAAAGUUAUGGGUCAUUUUGGGGUCAAGCUAACCAUUUUGUUCCUGUUACUUCCUGCCAGAUGGCAGCCAGUUUCCAUUCUACAUCCUUACAAGAAUUCAGCAUUUAGGAGAUGAGUUUAUUCACUUUCUUGCCAAGAAUUAGAUGAGAAAAAUUUAUAUCAGUCUCAGCCAUGUACAGUAUACAGAAGCUACAGCCAGCAGCUGUUUAGCUUAGCUUAGCAUAAAGACUGGAAAAAAGGGGAAACAGCUAGCCUGGCUCUGUCUGAAAGUAACAAAAUCAGUAGCAGCAGCACCUCUUAAACUUGCUAAGUAACAUCUCAUAUAUUUAAUUUGUACAAAAACUGAAGUUUAAAGUUAAAAAAAAAAAAAAGCAAACAAUUCACCGCUUAUAGGGGUUAAUGCUGGACUGUUAAUAAGCAUAUUUCCCAAAAUGACAAACUUUUCCUUUAAAGCUUAGUGGAGCAUUCACAAACAGACACGUGCUACUUGUAUUAAACUCUGGUUGUCUGAACUCUUUUGCUGCCUGAGGAAAAAGCUCUGAACAAGUUUAAAACUUGUAGGUGUUUGUAACAGCAGGAACCUGAAAGUGCUCAACAGUUGAUGGGGAACAGAAACAGUGCUGUCUUUAAUGAAUAAAUGUGUAUUUUAAAGA